GAGAAAGUGAAAAAAGGCUGGCCAUCCUUCUCCACAUCAACACUCGGACGAACUCAAUAUAUAGCCCUCCUCUAAUCUAAUCAUCCCCAACCAUGCACAGUACAAGGCAAAGGCAACAGAAUACCUGGCAGAGGACUCAGCUGUUUGGCGAGCACAGUCCGCCAUCAUCUUCAGGACGCAGUACACCCUAUGACCCAACACGGAUGACCGACCGAGAGAUGCUCUCGCUCGAGAGCCAGAACGAUGAUGAGAUCUCUGGCUUGCAUUCAAAAGUUGCCAUGCUCAAAAAGAUCACAAUGGAUAUCGGGAACGAAGUGCGCGAGUCGACCGUGUUUCUGGGCGAAAUGGAUCAAGAUUUCGGGCGGACAGGAGGAUUGCUCAAUACGACAUAUACGCGACUCAAAGUCAUGGCAUCGACCCAGAAUGGACGAUACAUGUGUUAUAUGGUCUCGUUCUGCUUGUUUAUGUUCUUCUUUGCCUACUUUUUCAUAUACCGGAAAUAAACCACCACGAGCUUUCCCAUCUA